AUGAGUGUGGCUGAAAAACCUACCAAUCUGGAUUGCGACAUCCUGAAGGAACUGCGGGACUACUGCGUCCGUCACGAGAUACCCCUGCCCACCAUUCAUAUUGAUAUUGUAAAGAAACAUGCUGCUCCAGAUGUCCCGGAAUUCGUAGCCUGCUGCUCCGUUGCUUCCAUAGUUCGCUUUGGAAAGUCGAUUAAGAAAAGGGAUGCCGUUCAGCGAGCUGCCGUUGAAAUGCUGGCCGUAAUCUCGAACAAAGUUCAUAAAUUGCAUUUUAAUUGCACGAAGCCAUCGAAAGAGGUUCCAAAAACGGACGAUGGAUCGGAGUUCGAGCGCAGGAAGAAGUUUAAAACCUACAGGGAGCUUACAGACACCGGAAUGGUGGAUAGUAAGGGUCUGCGCCUCUGCGAUCGCCAUAAAUACUUCAACAACUUAUAUCCUUCCCUGAAGGAAGCUGCUUUCAUGGUCAUCCGCUCUGAUGAAUACACCAGCUCCAAGGAUAAGGCCUUGAGCCUACUAAGUGCCUUGAAGAUCACACCCUCUAUAAGUCUCCUGAAGUCUAUCUCAAAUGAGCCCCUGACGUGUGUCGAGCUCAAUUGCGACUUCGACGUGGUCUUCGUCGCCCUAGAAAGUGAGAUCUACGACCAAGUCAUCGAGUACCUACGUAAUAUGUUAAUUUAA